AUGUCCAGCGCUGGACUCAAGACCGAGACCAAGCGGGUCUCUGCUCGGUCACCGUUCGAGAACACCACGCCUCAAACCCAUUCCGCGGUUGAGGACAUUGACAUGGACGAUGAGACGAGCUCGGACGAGGAGAGCAUCCCCGAGAAGGGUGAGGACGAGCUGAAGCUUGAGCGUAUGCUUUUCGGAGAUGAUGAGGGCUUUAUGGGCGCAUUGAAGGCCCAGCAGGAGCGGGAGGGUGGUAUGCAGCUCACUUUGCAUAGCGAUGCGGAGAGCGCGAGCGCGGAUGAAGAGGAUGAUGAAGAGGGUGAUUUGAAUAAUAUGGCCGACGCAGAUCUCUUCUUCCUCGACUCUGGCGAUGUUCAGACUACCACCGAUCUCAUCGAAUCCCCCGAGACACCGUCAGAUGAAGAACAGGAAGAGGAAUCUGCCCCAGCAAUUUGGCACGACAGUGACGACGAGCGCAUCGCCGUAUCUCUCGUCAGUCAAUCUAAGCUGCGCAAACUGCGCAACACCGAAUCCGAAGAUAUCAUCAGUGGCACGGAGUACAUUCGACGACUGCGCAGACAAUUCCAACGCAUGAACCCGACUCCCGAGUGGGCGGACCCCGAGCUUGCAUCUAAGCGCCGCAAGACCGAUUCCGAUGACUCGGAUGUGGACAGAGACGAGGACAUGGAAUCGGAUGAGGAUGAGCAAUUGGCCGCGCAGCCGCUGGCCAAGCUGCUUCAAAACACCACCGAGCUCACUCGCAUCGAAGACAAUACCAAAUCUGGUAGCAAGCGCAAGCUGCGCCAGGAAGUGGUUGAUAUUCAGCGAUUGAAGGACGUCGGCAAGACGCAGCCGUCCUCCAUCGACUCCCUCAUGUUCCACCCGCACUACCCACUCCUCCUCUCUUCCGGCCCAGCCUCCACCCUCUUCCUACACCACAUCUCCCCUUCAGCACCCUCACCAAACCCCCUCCUCACCUCCCUGCACAUCAAGCACACGCCCCUCCACACCUCCGCCUUCGCCCCACCCAGCGGAAACCGUAUCUUCGCCGCCGGCCGCCGCCGCUACUUCCACAUCUGGGACCUGGACACCGGCAAAGUGGACAAAGUCAACGGCUCCGCGGACCGCAAGGAAGAACAAAAGUCCAUGGAGCGCUUCAAGGUAUCCCCCUGCGGCCGAUACGUCGGUCUGGUGGGUACAUCGCGCAAGGGCGGUGGUAUGAUCAACGUGCUCGACUCCGGUACUGCGCAAUGGAUUGCGCAGGUGCGCGUUGAUGGACGCGGCGGUGUAGCUGAUUUCGCGUGGUGGUCGAAUGGUGAGGGUAUGACUGUUGCUAGUAAAAACGGUGAGGUUUCAGAGUGGGAUGGACGGCAGCGGAGGAUUAUUGCGCGCUGGUUGGAUGCGGGUGCUGUGGGUAAUACCGUGAUUGCGCUUGGUGGUCAGAGUGGUCGGGAUCAACUUGGUGGGGAUCGGUGGGUUGCUAUUGGUAGUACCAGCGGUAUCGUGAAUAUCUACGAUCGUCGCGAAUGGGCUGCUGCUGCAGCCGCGGGUGCGAAGAGCAAUGUCCCGGUCCAGGAUGACUCGACGCAGGCGGGUGUCCCGCGGAGCCCGACACCUACUCGUGUCUUUGACCAGCUUACCACGCCGGUCAGCCAUUUGGUCUUUGCACCGGAUGGACAGAUGAUGGUUAUGGCUAGUCGAUGGAAGCGUGAUGCGCUGAGACUUGUGCACCUCCCAUCCUGCACCGUCUACCGCAACUGGCCCACCUCCAACACUCCCCUAGGCCGUAUCUCAUCCGUGGCAAUCUCGCCGAACAAUGAGCAAUUGGCUGUCGCUAAUGAGCAGGGUCGUAUCCGUCUGUUUGAGAUUAGGGGGUAG